UCCUCCAAACUGGUCACAAACCCCAACACCAGGGGGGACGAUGCCCUACCCCUACUCCUACCCCCAACCGGCGCAGACGAUGGCCCACCACUUGCCUGGUGCGCAGCCGCCUCCUCGUGCUUCUCCUUCCGGGCCAAGGAGGGAGAGUGUGGGUGCUCCUCCGCCUAAACCGCUCGGGUUACCAGAGAAUAGGGACUUCUUCGCCCCACCCGUAUCUGGGAACGGCAAGGGCAAAGGGAACGGACGCGUCACACCGCAGAACGACCCGCAUAGGCGGGGCAUGUAUAUCCCCGGAUCUCCAGGUGAGGGGAGUGAGUCGGGAGACGAGACCUACGGCCUCGAGGACGAUCCUUGGGGAGACCGUAAGGGCAGGAGUGGGGGUGGAGGGAUCAUGGGCGCCGUGGCGGGGUACGUGACUGGCAAGCAGGGGAGAAUGACGGACGAAGAGAUUGAGCUUGAGGCUAGGAGGGCGAAGGAGGAGAGUAGGCGUGAGGCGGAGCGCAUACUUGCUUCGGAACGGAAUGGGCGGAAGGUGUCCCAGUCGCCGAACGAGAUUGACCGCCAGAAUAUGGAAGAUGAGGUGCUACGCAUGCUACAGUCUUCUGGCCCGCCUGUCACCAACCCCCAAGCGCCCGCGCCCACGACGCCCAGCACGCCCAAGUCGGGCAACCCCUCCUGGUGGACGGCGGCCAGAGCCCGCCUAACGCCAAACAAAGACCGGUCUCUCCAGCCCCAGUUGGACGAGACCGGCAAAGAGCUCACCCCAGCGCAGCAGAUCGCGCUCGAGUCGCGCAGGCUGAGGAAGAGGAGCGGGUCCGCUGGUGCGGCGGGGGCACAGAAGGGAACGAGCUGGUUCUCGUCCCGCUCAGAGGACAAAGAUAAGGACAAGGAAGGGAAGGCCUGGCCCGCCAAGGGGGACAAAGCUGACGACCCGGCCUUCGCCCUCCUGAACGGAACUGCAGGGCGUAUGUCGCUCGACGGCCCACCUACGACUGGCCCGCCGGACCACUCGCGUCCGCGCACGCAGAGUCUUCCCCCUCCCCGUCCAUCUCAGGCGUCCGGUGGACUCUCCGCCCCUGGCACACCACUCCACGCACCUCCUCCAUUGGGGAACCAGCGCUCUCCAGCCCCGUCAUUCCUCUCCGCCGCCCCUCGCUCGCCCUACCUCUCCCACACUCCCACCGGUGCCCUAAACAUUCCCGAAUCGGUCCAAUCCAUGGCUGCCCGGCUGGAAAAGCUCGAGCGGUGGACCGUAGCCCACGUCCGUGCCCUAGAGGACCGCAUGCGCGAAGUGGAAGAAUACAUCGUCGGCCGGGAAUCUGCGUGGGACGGGGCAGAACAGGGUGUUCGUCAGCUUCGCCAUGGGCUCGAAGAGCUUAAGAACGUUACGACCGCUCUGAGGGCCUCGGCUCCUCCGGCACCGGAGGAUACGGAACUGGGCAGGGCGAUCAAUAGCGCUUGGAGGAAGGAACAUGCUUUGCCUCCUGAGGGGGAGGUGAGGGAGAGUAGGGUUGCGAGGGUGGUCUCGGGUGUGAAGAGUAGUGAGGAUGACUUGAGGGCGAGGGCGAAGGGUGAGAAGGCGGAGGUGGCGGAGAAGCCUACCCCUGCCCCUGCUCGCCCUCUCUCCCGCACUCCUAUUCCUGCGCCUGUGCCCGUUCAGGGAAGACUGGCAGCCCCCAAGGUAGAAGAAGACCGCGUGAGUCUGACAGGACUCGCGGACACCCUUACGGACUAUAGCAAGAUGUUCCUCUCUGGCACCGAUCCGGCUGACGUCUCCCGCAACACGUCCCUCGCGAGGAGCGACGUUUCCGGCCGGACGGGAGACUCAGACGCCGAGGUUUAUGGUCUUCCUGAGGGUCACCACGAACACCACCAGAGCCAAGGAGAAGAGACGGAGGAGGAAGCAGAGGAGGGCGACGCAGCUAGCAGCAUCGCUUCCGACGCGACGGAAGCCGCGCAUUCGCUGCAUUCCGGAUCUGGCUCGGCAGAGGACACAGCUCCGCAUACCCCGCCUCCAGCUGCUCUUUCCCUUCCUGCCGGGAAAGACAGCCUCAACCUCAACCCCGCUCUGGACGGGAGCGCGAUCCCC